CAUUAGUGAAUAAUUUAUCAAUUAUUCAGAAAAUGGUAUAUCUGUCACCGUCACCUUGAAUACAUUCCUUCGGCAUCCAUUCUAUCUCCACGAUCUCUACUUCAGUAUUCUCCGAAGAUAAACGAAUUACCCGACCCGAAUCAUCAACCCGUUCCGCAUCCGAAGAUGAAUGACGCCGAUGUAUCGAAGCAGAUCCAGCAGAUGGUCCGCUUCAUCCGCCAAGAGGCGGAGGAGAAGGCGAACGAGAUCUCCGUCUCCGCCGAGGAAGAAUUCAAUAUCGAGAAGUUGCAGCUAGUGGAAGCCGAGAAGAAGAAGAUCAGACAAGAGUAUGAGCGCAAAGACAAACAAGUCCAAGUUCGGAAGAAGAUUGAGUACUCUAUGCAACUGAAUGCUUCUCGGCUCAAGGUUCUUCAGGCGCAGGAUGAUUUGGUCAAUUCCAUGAAGGAGUCUGCAUCGAAGGAGCUUUUACAUGUUGGCGGUAACCACCGAAGCUACGAGCAUCUCCUCAAGGAUCUCAUUGUUCAGGGUUUGUUGAGGCUAAAAGAGCCAUCUGUGUUAUUGCGCUGUCGUAAAGCUGACUUACAGUAUGUGGAGCCCAUCUUGGACAGAGCAAAGAAGGAAUAUGCCGAGAAGGCAAAAGUUCAUUCUCCUGAGAUCAUAGUUGACCAAGUCUACCUUCCACCAGCUCCUUCUCAUCACAAUGCUCACGAUCGUUUCUGUUCUGGAGGUGUGGUGUUGGCUUCUAGAGACGGGAAAAUUGUGUUUGAGAACUCUCUUGAUGCUAGACUGGAGGUUGUAUUCCGAAAAAAGCUACCAGAGGUACUCCAUAUUCGUUUGCUACGAGAGAAUCUUAUUCGUCUAUCCAUUUAUUGUAGUAAUGAUUAAUCUAUAUAUUCAAGAUUGUAAAAUGUAAAUUAGAGAUCAUGUUUACUUCUUAUUUUUUAUACAGUAAUUUGCCUUCUCUCAUUUGUAUAGAUACCUUUCACUAAAAAAGUGUAUUUCAACUAGAGAUCAUUACAGACCUUUCGAAUCAGAAUACAACUGUAGGUGUCCAUAUGAUGUUGUGCUCUGCUGAUGUCCAACUUUAACUUAGGGUGUUUUUGAUUCAUGUAGUAUGUCUUAGACUCUUAGGAAUAGGAUUUAACCAUAAUGUUCAUCUUCUGCUACAUGAGUGCCCUAACCAUGUUCACUUCUCUCACAUAAUCUUGUAUUUGUUUUCAGAUACGCAAGAGCCUAUUUGGUGAGGUUGCUGCAUGAUGGUUAAAAUUUUAAUUUAUUUUUCCAUCUCGCGUUGUGCUUGGGUUUGAGCUUCGCCAUCGGACUCUAUAAAUUACUCUGCAUUUGAUGACUUCUCCUGAUAUUCUUGUUUCAAGUAUAUUGAGCGCCUGCUUUUCUUCCCCUUCCGGCUUCCUCCCCUACCAAUAUCUAUUAUUAUUCGAAAGCAUUGAUAUUUUUCAUCACCAAUAAGCAGGAUGCAGACCUACGAUUUGUUGAAUAGAGAUGAUAAACAAAGAUUGGGAGACGAUGGGCUUUCAAUUGAGUGAUGAAUGGCCAUGUUUCUUGCUUCA